CGCGGGCUCCCCGACUGCUGGGAGGCAAAGGGAAUAGGGAAGGGUCGCCGGGAGCCCACGGGCGGAGGGGCAGUGCGGCCGCCCGUGAAUGAGUGCAAGCCGGGCCGCUGCCUGGAGGAGGCGCUCCCAACCGCCGGGCAGAUGGUGGCUUUGGGAUGGAGCUGGUGUCCCAGUCUUGGGAGAAGAAGAAACCUCGGACUCCUGCAAGGGCAUUCUGGGGAGAGGGUGCAAGGACCCAGGUGGGAAAGACAUCGGCGAGUCAUGCCUGUGUGCGGGGUGUGAAGUUGCUGCCUCACCGCUCCCGGGGCUAGCAGGGUGGGGGUGAGAGAAAGGGGCUUCCUGGCCUGGGUGGCCACCCCUGUCCAUUCUGCGUCUGCCCUCUGCUCUUAAUGGGCCAGUGAGCAAAGGGGAGGAUUGCAGAGAGGAUAGCAAUGGAAAUGCGGUUUUAGCAGCUCAGUUCGGGACGGCUGGAUCAGAUGGAAUUGAACUCGUUUAGAGGAUCUUGGAAAGGACAGAAUUGAGUGUUCUGGAGCUGGGUGCGUGCCCCCCACCGCCGCCCUAGUCGUAGGUUUGUGCUUCCCUGGGUUGCAGGUUGAUUCGACUUGGGAAGAUGAAAAGGGGAAGAGGAAAAAAAGACUCUGCAGGGGCACUAGCCAGGUCCUCUUCCUCUCUAGGUAGGGGCCAGGCAUGAGUCCCAGCCUCUAGAUUGAGCAGGAACAGCCUCUGAGCUGGCACAGGUGAGGCGCCCCUGACGUGGAGGUAGUGGCUGUGGUGAGUCAGUGUUAGAGGCAGGCUGACAGCUGUCAGGACCGAGGCUGCUUUAGCCAGGCUGCGACUUGAUGUUGAUGUUUCAGAUUCAUUUCCUUAGAGGCAACCCCCUCCCUCAGCCUAAAAUGAGGGCAGAGAGAUGCUUAACACCGAAUCGUGCAAAGGAAAAAGAUGCCGUAGGGCCAGGUGAGCUGCUGUGAAGGACUCAUCCUUGGUGGCCGGCAGUUACUGGCAACUUGUGAGCUUGGUGGGCUCCUACUAACGCACCUGGGACACCAGGCUGCUGGGCUCCCCUCCAGGCAGCCUCACCAGCAGCUCCCCUGAGCUAUGGAGACCCCAGAGGUCCCCGUGGGUUCGCUAAUCGACUUUGGGCCUGAGGCACCCACCUCCUCUCCCCGGGAGGCACCACCCCCUGCACUGCAGGACGGCGAUGGCUCCCUGGGGGACGCUGCGUCAGAGAGUGAGACCACUGAGUCUGCAGACAGUGAGAAUGAUGUGGGCGAGUCGCCCUCGCACCCGUCCUGGGACCAAGACCGCCACUCCUCCUCCAACGAGUCCUUCUCCUCCAGCCAGAGCACUGAGUCUACCCAGGAUGAAGAGACCCUGGCACUCAGAGACUUCAUGCGUGGCUACGUGGAGAAGAUCUUCUCUGGAGGGGAGGACUUGGAUCAGGAGGAGAAAGCCAAGUUUGGAGAGUACUGCAGCAGUGAAAAUGGAAAAGGCCGAGAGUGGUUUGCUCGAUACGUGAGUGCCCAGCGCUGCAACUCCAAGUGUGUCUCAGAGGCAACCUUCUACCGCCUGGUGCAGUCUUUUGCAGUGGUGCUGUUUGAGUGUCAUCAGAUGGAUGACUUUGGGCCUGCCAAGAACCUCAUGACCAUGUGCUUCACCUACUACCACAUCGGAAAACCGCAGCUGCUGCCCCCGGAGUCCCGGGAGAAGCCCGCGGGCAGCAUUGACUCCUACCUGAAAUCCGCAAACAGCUGGCUGGCCGAGAAGAAGGACAUCGCUGAGCGGCUGCUAAAGAACACCUCGGCCAGGACUGAGAAUGUCAAGGGCUUCUUCGGAGGGCUGGAGACCAAGCUGAAGGGGCCCCUGGCCAGGAGGAACGAGGAAGACGAGAGCAAACCGCAGGAGAAGCGGCCCAGGGCUGUGACCGUGUACAGCCCCGAGGACGAAAAGAAGGGGGAGAAGAUCUACCUGUACACGCACCUGAAGCAGCAGCCCAUCUGGCACACGCUGAGGUUCUGGAAUGCAGCCUUUUUUGACGCUGUCCAUUGUGAGAGGACAAAACGAUCUCCCACUACCAGAAGGGAUGCUGGAGAGGAGGAGGAGAAGAGGGAGAAGUGGUGCCACAUGACCCAGGAGGAGCGCGACGACAGCCUCCGGUUCAACGAGAACAUCACCUUCGGGCAGCUGGGCACAUUCACGCACAACAUGCUGGCCUUCGGACUAAACAAGAAGCUGUGCAAUGACUUCCUGAAGAAGCAGGCUGUGAUUGGCAACCUGGAUGAAGAGCAAUACAAGCUGCUUAGUGACCACAUUGAGCAAAUGGCCACUGAGUAGGCCUCAGAGGUCGCACUCCGCAGGAGGACUGAGGCCACGCGCCAUUCUCCCGGGCCCAGCGCCCGGCCGUCACCCCACCCGAUGACCUGCAUGAAGCCAGCAGCACCCAGAGCCACUCCUGCUGCCCUAGGACUAGCGGUUAGAAGAAUCCGCUGCUCCUCCCUCAUCUCCUCUGCCUGUGUCUGCGACCCCCAUCCAUGUGCCAAAGUGUCCCUUGGGUCACACGGCUAAAGCCGAGGUGACCAGUUGUACCCCGAGUGCCAGGCUUGUGAGAUGAGACCAAGAGGGAGGAGGGGAAGGACGCCAUGGGCCAUCAUGGGCCAAGGGCUGGCGAGGGUGGGGGCGGGCGAGGGAUGCAGGCAGGACAGCCAUGAGGUGGGGCUGCAGCCGGCACACCCAGUGGUGGAGGGCCGGCGCUGCCACUCACGGUGGGUGGCCGUGGGCCACAUUCCCUGCAAUGGGUGCUCACGUGGCUCCCAUCCAGCCCUCUCAGCGUGGGGCUGUGGCCGGUCCUCACUCUUCACCAGUCUCCCUCUGUGGGGCAGGAAUGGGAAGUCACAGGAACCUUGAGGAGGAAACGCCUGUUUUAGAGAGAGAGUGGGUGCGGUGUAGAGGAUGCUCUUGGCUGGCUAGAGCAAGACCUGGCUCCCACCAGAGGGACGUGUGUGUGCCCUGCAGACGGCCCAGGAUCUGUGUGUCUCUGCCAGAGUCACAGCAGUGCCAAGAUGUCCGCGGCAGACCACACAGACCAUCUGAAAUGCGUCCGCCUGGUGGACAGCUCCCUUCUGAAGCAGAGAAGGCUCCAUGGUCACGAAGCGGCGUUGUGCCGUGUGUCCCUCGCAAGAAGCACAGGGAAGAGAAGUUUCUUUAGUAGCCACUAGACAACCACCCUUUCUAAAAGCAAACAGUGCUGCUCUUUAUUCCAGACAAGGCAGGAAAGUCUGAGCUGGGAGUGGCAGCGGCUGGAGAGAGGCAGUUCUAUGUGACGUGCAGGGUGAGCCAGUGGCGUGGCCUCUGCCUCUAAGCGCUGAGCAUUGGGCUCCGGAGGUGCUUUUUCCUUCCCCACCAGACCUUUGUAGCUCCUUCCUCCAGCCUCUGCAGAGACUCCCUUCACCUCACACCUACUGCCUGGGAACCACGGCCCUUCUCUUCUGUGGGUCUGUACCAGGUACUCCAGGCCAACCCGUGGGCCGAGGGCCUGACCCCAACACCUGCAUGCUGGAUCCAGAGCCUUCUGUUUCACCGUGUGUGGACGCUGCUAGGCCGCCUGGGGUCCCCUGCCUCCUGCCCGUCGCUGCCGUGGUCCCUGACUGCGAAACAGGCCCGCGGGGCUCUCCCUCCUCCCGCCAUCCUCCCCUCCUGCCCUUCCUGGCUACCUCCUCUGACAUGCGGUCAGAUAAGUCCCAUCUUGUUUGUGAGCACCACAGAAACGCCUGAGAGUCACUUACCCGGCCACGGCUUGGAAGGUUUCCCUCCGGGGAAUGCCUCCCCGGAAUGUUCUAGAGACGGAACAUUCUCCAGAGACAACAAUCUGUGCUGCAGAUUGGUUGGAUCACAGAAUGUGUGUCUGAGGCAUUAUCUGAUGCAUUUGGACCAUAUGCUGCCAGACUGCAGGACAGGGGAGCCGGGGCUCAGGGCCCCUGACCGCAUGGUGCAUGAGUGAUCUCAGCCCAGCGAUGCCGCUGGCCAGACCGUGGCCAUGCUGCCAGUGUGCUCGCCAUGAGCUGGGUCAGGGCUGGCGAGUUGUGCAGUCUGGGGUGCCCCUUCCCCCAUCAUUGGGUCCCAACGGCCAUGUCUCCACUGAAUCCAUUCGGAGAAACGUCAGAGAGCGAGGGGUGUGCGGACGCCCCUCGCUCUGAUGCCAACUGCAGAUAAUACACACCUCCUGCAGCAUCCAGCCACGGCUCCAGGGCACUGCUCUCCCCCUCCCGGUGAAACUCAGGCCACACUCUAGGGCUGACUGUCCGGGCACUCCCUUCAGCCGCCUCGUCGUCAGCAUUCUUAGUCAUGCAUUAUUCAUGUUAGCUGAAAUGCAUUCAGACUUUGUUCUGCGGUGCCCACAGGACUUACCCCUGUAUGUAUAGGAUUUUUGUAUGGAAGUUUUGUUUGAUUCUGAGGCUCUCUUAGGGGCGCUGGAGAGCUUGUGCACAGCCUCUGGAAGGAAAGGCAGCGCUGACUUCGCUGGGCUUUUUUCCAAGCACUUUAACUUCAAAAA